AUGGUACAGCGGCUACCUCUCGAUGCGCUAAAUCCAAUCGUCUGGAAUUCUCUCAUCCAAGAGGCUAUGAGAGCGAACAGGUGGAAAUUAGCGUAUCAGCUCUAUGUGGACAUGAAACGCCGUGGUUUCAUUCCAUCGCUGCGGACAUACACCACGAUGUUUGCAGGGUAUUCUUCCAUUGAGGAUUGGAGUGAAAAGACGAAACAACUCGAGAAUGUCCACACAUUGUUCGAGAACUACCUGCAGCGUGUUCACACACUCAGAGAUCACGACCCAGACGACCCCGAACUCAGUGUUGCCCCCCUUGCAGCAUACAUGAGAAUCCUCGGGGAAGCUGGGGAGAUCCAGAAGAUGUUCGAUGUUUAUUACGCCAUGGACGACCAAGGACCUCUAGCACCAAACCAAUUCGUUUUCACCGCCAUGUUCAAAGGACUCUUACGGCGGAAGGCUAUCACGUCUCCCGCAGAACACGGCUUGGAUGCACGCGCUCAAAAUGCCGCAGAUGCCAAACUCAUCUGGAGACGGAUGUUGAGGGUCGCAGGGAAAAACCCCGGCUUCAAAAUUGAUUCCCCGCUAAUCAAUAGCGCGCUCACAAUCCUUGGAUUGGGUCGGGCCAGUGACCAACUAUUCGCGUUCGACAUCGUACGAGAUCACAUGGGUCUUACCAAGCCUGGAGAAGAAGCACCACAAAGGCCACUGACACCGCAGAUGUUCAUGAAGGCCUUGUGGCUCUGCCAUCAGUCGCAAAAAUAUAGGCUGUGUAUCCACUUUUUUACACAGCUCGUCGACCGGAUUGCAGCAGGAAAGGAGGCGCCGAUCCUUGACCGGAGGCACAUGGAAGGCGUCCUCAAGGCGUAUGCAAGUCUUGCCGCGAUGGGCUCCAUGACCGAGUCCGAUCAAGCGCUGUCCACGCUCCAGUGGAUGCUGCGGGAGGAUGCAACGAGGAACGACGCUAUGUUGAAACCAACGCUGUCCACAUUCACUCUCGUGUUGAUUGCCUGCUGGCGAGGGGGUGAUUGGAGCGGGGCCGUCAGGACAUUCGAGUUGAUGUCAGGGUACAACGCGGAGGAUUUCAGGCACGAUAUUACUACUGGUUCCAAGCCGCGCUCGGAGAAGCGGUCUAAGGGGAGGAAUAUCAUGCCCGACACGGUCGCCAUGUCCUAUAUUGCUCGCACAGCGUUGGCGACGGAGGACGUUGAAAACGCCCAGCAGUGUCUGCGAAUCAUCGACCAUAUUGGCAUGGAUCACCUCCUGUCAAAGACGGUGGAAAGCGAGAGCUUCACGGAUCCAGCCGUUGUUGCCUUCUAUGCGGCGAAAAUGGCAUACGUCGUCAUGGAUCUCGUCAAUGCCACAGUGACGGCGCCAAAGAGCGAGAUGUCCAGUUCCCCCAGUCCCGAGGAGCAGAGGUGGUAUGAUAUGAAGACUGAAGCGAAGAAAGCAGUGAAACAAAACACAGGUUUACGACGAGCACCAAAUCUUGAAGAGGAUCCGUUGGGCAGCUCUCGCGGUCUUGCUGCAACCGACAGUGCUGUGGAGCAAGCCUUCGCUUCGAGGGGGAUGUAA